GCGGCGGGGCGGGCGCAGGAUGAGGGCGGCCAUUGCUGGGGCUCCGCCGCUGGGAGGAGGACGCUGAGGAGGCGCCGAGCAGCGCAGCGUUGCGGGGGAGGUGCCCGCGCCGACGCGGGGCCCAUGGCCAGGACCACCAGCCAGCUGAUGGCUGAACUCUGUGACCCCUGGAGCCUGUUUCAGCCUCACGCUGUCAGAAAGCAGCUGUUUGGAAAGAGGCUCUGCUUCAUCUGUAUUUGAGUGCUGAUAUUCUGAAUGCGUGAGGCUUGGAGUCCUCCCUUUGGGAAACAAGAACUGUGCAGAGAUUUUGUUAAAGGAGUCUUCUGCGGUGUGUUGUAUUUCUGUUCCUGUGACACCCCUACAGCAAUUGGGAGCUGGCAGGGCGAGGUCCCUGUACUAAGAGGUGGAAGUGGAGGUUUGCGUGGUUCUCUGACAGCGUUUUGUGGGAAGGAUCGCAGCAGCAGCCUGUCGCAGAGAGCUCUUCAAAGCAGAUCUUGGGAAACUCCUGCGCACAAGAUGCUGGCACUGUGUUUUGUAUCUCUGGGGUGGAAGGGGUAUGACACUGUUCCAAUUCAGUCCAGCGUGGUGUUAUGUGCUUGCCCAUCCCCAUCAAUGGUGAGGACCCAGACUGAGUCCGGCAUAGUCCCUGCAUUCCCACCGGUGGUAGCAGACAGGGCCCCCACCAUGGACAGCACUGCGGCCGAGUCCCGACCGAGCACCAACUCGCUGCAGCACACCACACAGCCGCCACCACAGCCUCGGAAGAAACGGCCUGAAGACUUCAAGUUUGGGAAAAUUCUUGGUGAAGGCUCUUUUUCUACAGUUGUCCUGGCCCGAGAACUGGCAACCUCAAGGGAAUACGCUAUUAAAAUUCUAGAGAAACGUCACAUUAUCAAAGAGAACAAGGUCCCGUAUGUAACCAGAGAGAGAGACGUGAUGUCACGCCUGGAUCACCCGUUCUUUGUUAAACUUUACUUCACAUUUCAGGAUGAUGAAAGCUUGUACUUUGGUCUUAGUUAUGCCAAAAAUGGAGAACUCCUUAAAUACAUUCGCAAAAUUGGCUCAUUCGAUGAGACGUGCACCCGGUUUUACACGGCCGAGAUGGUGUCAGCUCUGGAGUACUUGCAUGGCAAGGGCAUCAUUCACAGAGACCUGAAACCGGAAAACAUUUUGUUAAAUGAAGACAUGCACAUCCAGAUCACAGAUUUCGGAACAGCAAAAGUACUAUCCCCGGAGAGUAAACAAGCUAGGGCCAACUCGUUUGUAGGAACAGCCCAGUAUGUGUCUCCAGAGCUGCUCACGGAGAAGUCGGCCUGUAAAAGUUCAGACCUUUGGGCUCUCGGAUGUAUAAUAUACCAGCUUGUGGCAGGACUGCCGCCUUUUCGAGCGGGAAAUGAAUAUCUUAUAUUUCAGAAGAUCAUUAAGUUGGAAUAUGACUUUCCUGAAAAAUUCUUCCCUAAGGCAAGAGACCUUGUGGAAAAACUUUUGGUUUUAGAUGCCACGAAGCGAUUAGGCUGUGAGGAAAUGGGAGGGUACGGACCCCUGCGAGCGCAUCCGUUCUUCGAGUCCAUCACGUGGGAGAACCUGCAGCAUCAGACGCCUCCGAAGCUCACCGCCUACCUGCCAGCCAUGUCAGAGGAUGACGAGGACUGCUACGGAAACUACGACAACCUCCUGAGCCAGUUCGGCUGCAUGCAGGUGUCCUCGUCCUCCUCCUCCCACUCCCUGUCCGCCUCGGAUGCAGGCCUGCCGCAGACGGCGGGCAGCAACAUCGAGCAGUAUAUCCAUGACCUGGACACUAAUUCUUUUGAACUGGACUUAGAGUUCUCCGAAGAUGAGAAGAGGUUGUUACUGGAGAAGCAGGCCAGUGGAAACCCUUGGCACCAGUUUGUAGAAAAUAACCUAAUACUAAAGAUGGGUCCCGUAGAUAAGCGGAAGGGUUUGUUUGCACGACGACGACAGUUACUGCUUACAGAAGGGCCACACUUGUAUUACGUGGAUCCUGUCAACAAAGUCCUGAAAGGCGAAAUUCCAUGGUCACAAGAACUCCGACCGGAGGCCAAGAAUUUUAAAACCUUCUUCGUGCACACGCCGAACAGGACGUAUUACCUGAUGGACCCGAGUGGGAAUGCUCACAAAUGGUGCAAAAAGAUCCAGGAAGUGUGGAGACACAGAUACCAGAGCCACCCAGAUGCUGCUGUGCAGUGACAGGUCUGCGGCUGCCACAGUCGCUGCCAGGACACUUGCCCCAGCGCGGCUCGCCGCCCUCCGGGACGCUUCCAGACCACCUGCCAGCCAUCUCAAGGGGGACGCAGACGGCGGAACCUUGCAGCUUUUUUAUUUAAAAGAAAAGAAGAAAAAAAUACCCAACCACACAAAGAACAAAACCAAUAACAAAAAGGAAUUCAGGGUC